AUGCUUCAAUUCUCUCCUUGUGGGACCAACGCUGUCAGUGUGUGCCGCAAGAUGCGGUUCCUAGUGAUUCUUACUUGCCUCGCAAGCUAUGUGUGCGCCCUCUCCGUCGUGCCCAGUUUGGCGCAUAUUCCAGCUGGCGUGCGAGCAUCAUGCCGGACGACUCUAGCCAAGAAUAUCACCCAGUGCUCAAACGAGUUCGAGAAAGAGCUACAGUUCAUUCCGUCUGCCUCGUUGGCUCAAAUUUGCACCACCGAAUGCAGCGGCGCGCUGUCCUCCCUCUACACGGAGGCGAUGUCGCGAUGCGGGACCGAUUCGGUGGAUGUUAUGGCCAACGACACGGUGUUGGCCACCUUCACACCGAUCGACGUGGUAGGGCACCUUCGAUACAUCUACAACUCUACUUGUCUUCAAGAUAAGCAUCCAUCCUCUCCCAUCUUUGACAAGCUCGAAGAUGUCACUGAAGAGGAGCUGUGCUCGGAAUGUUACAUGAAAUCAGUGCAGCUCGAGAUCAACCAGCCGGGAGAAGACCCGGCGUACCACCAGGAUGACUUCGAUGCUUUGAAGAAAUCUUGUGGCAUCCCCACGACCUCCUAUCCGGUUACGCCGGCGCCGACAGGUACUCCGCCUGCCGAAACUCCAGUCUGUGCGAGCAAGUACACUGUUAAAGCCGGUGACACUGCCAAUACCAUUGCCAAAGCCCUCUCUGUCGCAACCGAUCGGCUUUUGGCAUACAAUGGCCUGCCCAUCAGUUCCGAGGAGCCGUUGACGGCAGGAGACACACUCUGUCUCGAUGAAGUGUCUAAGUGCCUGAUCCACCAGGUCAUGGCGGAGGACACCUGUUCCUCAUUGAUGAAGUUGGCCGGGUCAUCGGUGGACGAACUGAUGCUGCAAUCAUGGAAUCCUACCAUUGGGACCAAGUGCAAAAACAUCAAAACAAUGACCGGAAAAUACAUCUGCAUUGGGCCCCCGGGGCAGACCAGCACCUUCACCCCCGUGAAUCCCCCCACCACAUCGACGCCAGCGACGACCCCCACGGACACAUACACCUGGGAGCCGGCGCCCGACUCCAUCACGAGCACCGUCAACAUGACGACCAUCUGGGCCUUCCCCACGGAGGUUGCGAUCGCCACGCUCACGGCCGAAGAUCCCGACCCGGCCGAAGCAACCGCCCUCUUGGAACGGUCGAAGUUCUGCCCGUUCAACGACGAGAAUGAGGACGAGUGGGAUGAAGGCCUCGAGGAUGAGGAGUACCACCUGCACUCAUGGGACCUGGACACUAGUUGCAUCCACGACCACUGGGAUCCCUACUGCUACCCCAACCUCUCCGACUCUGUCCUCCCCAGUCCGACCGACAUCCCGUCAUCCUGCUAUCCCACCAUCACUACAAUCAUUCCAGACGGCUGGGUUGACCCCCCUGGGCCGACUGAAUCGGGCGUCCCCGACACUUGCAAUAAGUGGCAUCUGCUCAAGAACGGGGAUACCUGUGCCGCCAUCGCGGCCAAGUACAAGAUCACGCUCAGCCAGUUUUACAAGUACAACCCCAGCAUCAAUGCGCAAUGCUCGAAUACGCGCGCAGCUUUUGCCGUCUGUGUGCGUAUCUGGGAAGAGCCCGAGGCCCCGACGCCGACGAGCGUGGGGCCGCCUGGUCCUACGGGCACUGGGACGAGUCCGACAUGCGUGAAGUGGCAUCUUUGGGCCAAGGGGGAUACUUGUGACUCUAUCGCGGCCAAAUAUGGAAUUUUGGUCAGUCGGUUCCGGCAACUCAACCGCAGUGUCAACUCGGCGUGCGAUAAUGCGGUGGUGGGCAAUGCGUAUUGUGUGGGGUAG